CCAUGUUUAUAUCAUCGGUGGACGGUGCAGAAAGUCAUGUCGAUUAGAUUUUUUCGAGAAUAUUACGGUUAUUUUGUUAUAUUUCCACUUCAAAAUAUACAAACAAGAUAGAGAAGUUUGCCAAGAAAAUGUUGUGGUAUGUUUAAUCUGGUCAAAGUAUCGAUAUAAGAAGUAAAUUAAUAAAAUUUACUGCGUGUCAGAUAUCAGCUUCUGGCAUCUUUUGGAUAAAAUUGAUUCUUAAACCAGAGAAUGCACUCUAAUGGAUACUAAAUGAACAUAGCAUUCAAUGUGGGAAAAUAUGAACAUGAGACCCCUCAAGAAACCUCGGCUGGGGCCACCAGAUGUCUACCCACAAGAGGCAAAACAACGAGAAGAUGAAUUGACCUCAACUCAUGUGAAGCAUGGAUUUGCCACGGAGCAUAAACUGUCGGAAGAAUUUGGCACGGCCCGUAACUGCAAUGUGACUGCCAGCAAAGUGGGUGCAUAUUUUAAUGCGAUUUUGGCGAGAAAGGAUGAACUGAUGACACUGACGGAUUCCGGAAGGAAGAAACAGCAAAUCAAUCCCAAGGACAACUUUUGGCCUGUGACGGCAAGGAAUAAAGCUACAUUAGAUACGUGGUUUAAAGAUUUGGCAGGUACAAAACCAUUGAGUAGCUUGGCUAAGAAAGCUCCUAGUUUUAACAAAAAAGAGGAAAUUUUUGCUAUGCUGUGUGAGAAUCAGGUCACAAUGCAAAGAGCAGCAUGGUUCAUCAAGCUAAGUUCUGCGUAUACUGUGGCCGUUUCUGAGGCAAAAAUUAAAAAACGACAAAUGCCGGACCCGGCGACAGAGUGGACUGGGACUUUGAUCAAAUUUAUGAAAGAUUUAAUUCCCAAACUUCUGGAGCAUUACCAUCAGGGUCCAUCUUCGGACAAAUCUUCCAGCAAUGUCGGACCAGCAGGAGGAAUGACACCCAAUUCCAGUUUAAAUGCUAAUCCGGUAACAAUUCCUCCUCCAUUAUCGAGUCCUGCUGGAAGUCUUCAUAGUCCAGCCAGCUCAAGUCUUGGAGGAAGUGUUUCUCAGGGGCAAAAUCUGGCACCUCCUUCACCUCAAGAGGAGCAAAAAUUAGCUUUAAAACAAUGGAAUUAUUGUACACAGUUGUGUAAGUAUAUGUACGAGGAAGGCCUGCUUGAUAGAGCCGAGUUUCUAAACUGGGUGCUUGAUUUGUUGGACAAGAUGAAAUCGUCUCCAUCAUCUGACGAUGGGAUUUUAAGAAUAUAUCUUCCCUUGGCAAUGCAGUACUUAUCGGAUAUAGUACAGUCGGAACGCUUCUCUCGUCGGUUGGCCUACGCAGCUUGUAAGAAACUUGCCCAUUUGAUUAAUACAAUGGCCGAUAGCCAUAAUUUGAGCUUGGUCAACCAUGAACUUAACUCCAGCAAGCAGGAUAGCGUUGAAAGAAAGGAAAAACCGACCGAUAAAUCCUCAAAAGAUGCCGAUCAGAAACCAGAUCCGACUCCAGUUCAUGUGAAUCCAUUCGAUACAAUAUUUUCCGAGUAUAUGAACUGCUCACAUCAUCACGACCUGGUACUACAGCUAUCUUCAAUAAUACAGGUCAUUACACUCGAAUGCCCCACGGCAUUGGUUUGGUGUGGGGUUGGAGAAACACGCUCCUCCUCUGUGUUGGCCGGAAGUCCUUUAGAUCAUUUACCUGUUGCUCCAUCGGCUCUGCCGAUGCCAUCGCGGUGUACCAAAUCAAACGAAGAAGUCCGAAAAAGGUUGUCGAAAGUGGAAGAAAGCAUAAAGCUGCGAUCUCGUCAUGCUGAGUCGCGUUGGUGUGUAGAUAAGUGGCAAACGGUUACCGGAAAUGCUAGUUUGAAGAUUCUGGCCGUAUUGGACGCUCUCGAUGGGCAUUGCUUUGAUCGAAUGGAUUCAAACAAUUCACUAGAUACGUUGUAUCAGAAAAUUUUCCCCCCAUUGCAGCUGCAGAAAGAAGCACCUACUGCAAAUGGUACGAAUGGUGGGCCGGAGGCGAAGGACGCUUCCAACAAACAUCCGGAAUAUUUUGCAGAGCAAGACGCAUCGAUUGUAAAUAUACUAUGUGAGUGGACCGUUUCCUGGCAGCGAUGGGGUGAACAUCGAGCUAUGGCCGUAGCUUGGUUGUUGGAUAAAAGACAAAACGAAGUUUUCACCACGUACGAAAAUGAAAGCGCAAACAAUGGCAACUCGAAUGAUGAUAAGGAUUCCGUAAUUUCUGGAGGUGGUCCUGGUGGUGGACUACCAAUUUUUCAAAGUAUUCUGAUGAAGUUUCUUGAUGAAGAUGCUCCGAUUUUAGAAGAACAUAGUACUCAACAGAAUAGAAGUCAAUUUACGAAUCUUGUACAUUUGUUCAGCGAGUUAAUCCGUCACGAUGUUUUCUCGCAUGAUGCCUAUAUGUGCACGUUGAUCUCGAGAGGCGAUUUAUUGACGGGGACUGGGAUGUCGUUGCUAGAUUCCCACUCUAGCUGCAAUGCUGGUCUAGGUACUGGACCGAUAUCGAACAAGCCAACAUCAUCAUCACCAAAUAUCAACCAGGGAAUCGAAGAGGAUGUCAUUCAGAAUGAUUUCAAAGCAAAGCUAGAGGAUUUGGAUGAUUCCAACGUGGAUGAUGAUUUGGAUAAAUUGUUGCAGCACAUCAAAGAAGAUCAGCAAAAUUCAAUGGAUGCUCCUGAUAGUCCUAAAGAUCCGGAACAUGCUGCUCCGCAGGUUGAUUCAGCAACUAAUAAAACAGAAUCUUCCAGCAGACACUUUCUUUACACAGAACACUUUCCGUUAUGCCAGGACGAUCCAAUUGCCCAGCAUGAUUGCAAUCAGAGGUACAUUUUGCUGUAUGGUGUGGGAAAGGAACGGGAUGAUAAAAAGCAUGCCGUCAAAAAGAUGACUAAAGAGAUUUGCAAGCUAUUUUCGAAAAAGUUUAGCAUCGAUGUCGCUGAGGGAGGAAAAGUCAAAAAACAUUCCAGAAAUGAAUUCAACUUCGAAGCAACUUCAAACAAGUCUCAGUCAAUGUCGUAUUUUGAUCAGCAUAUGGUGACCUGGCAGUGUGCCGUUCAGGUACAAGAAAUGCUUAAUAGCUUUGCACUUGGUAAUAGCAACUAUCUACCGGUGCAGGAACACGUAGCCUUUCUGUUUGAUUUGAUGGAAUCUGCUUUCAACAUCUACGGUCUGAUCGAUACGUGCAUACAGAUUCUGAAGGAGCUGCCAGAGGUAGAACUACAGCUAAUGAGUAAGAACUCGGUGCUGGUCAAAAGUUACACCACAUCACUCAGUUUGUAUGUUGUUGGAGUGCUUAGACGCUAUCACUGCUGUCUGCUUCUUUCGGCAGAACAAACUACGGCAAUCUUCGAGGGACUCUGCCGAAUUGUUAAGCAUGUAACGAAUCCCAGCGAUUGUAGUUCUGCCGAACGUUGUAUUUUGGCAUACCUCUACGAUCUAUACUCGGCUUGUUCGUCUCUGAAGACUCGUCCGCAGCAGGAACCAUUCCACAAUGCGUAUCCAAAAAUAAAACAAGCGCUGUACACGCCUCUUCAACCGACGCCUUCAGUGCACACAUACAAUCCUCAGUUUAUGGUCGAUGUCAUUACUAAUCCGCGACGUGGAGGUAAAAUCGAACUUUCUUGGGCGCGGCAGUUGAAUGAGUCCGCUUCCAACCGGUAUAGCUUUGUUUGCAACGCUGUCAUUGCCGUUACGAGAGACAUCGACAACGACACACUGAAUGACAUUGCGGCCAUGUGUGCCGAAUUGACUGCAUGUUGUAAUGCUCUCAGCACGGAAUGGCUGGGUGUUUUGAUUGCUUUGUGCGGUUCUAGUAAAGAUGCUGGAUACUACUUGGAUGUAAUAACACAGGUGGACAUUUUAAAUACAAACAUCCACAAUGCCCUUUCCGUUUUCACCAGUAUCCUAGUGGCACGACACUGUUUCUCGUUGGAAAAUUUUGUUGCUCACGUAGCUCUACCCGCUUUGGUUCAAGCUUGUAAGGGACGCAGUGAAACUACACCGGAAAUAGAGGCAGGGGCUCGCCUCUCUUGCCAUCUUUUACUGAGACUGUUCAAAACCAUCGAGUAUCCUCAACCGGGGCUGUAUUCCGUCAGCACAUCUCCUAAUCCGAUCACAACCACAGGACAGGUACAUAACAUCAAACUGAGCUGCGAUCGUCAUUUACUAGCGGCUGCUCACAAAAACAUCGGUGUCGCGCCUGUUCUGGCCGUACUGAAGGGAAUUCUCGUGGUUGGCGACGCCACCGCCCAGAAGGUGCAAACAUCCAUAUUUGGAAGUGGAAAACGAAGCGGCUUGAAUACUCCUGUUCAUCCUGGUAGUACCCCGAAACACGCCGGAGAUCUGAGCCACAUUCUGGGCACCAGUGAUCUUUCGAUUCUGGGAAACACGGACGAAUCGAUGCUGGAUCUGACGCGGAUUGAUAUGGGGCAGCUUUCACCGACAACCUGUUCGCGAUUGAUCAUGGCUGACAGGCAAACCAACACCAACCAGGACAGUACAACCAGUUUGUCAGACUUUGCUCAGCACGUUCUGCGUCAAAUAUGUUCCCAGGAAUGGGUUCUUGAGCGGUGUCUUCAGAAUGCCGAUGAACUCUGUCAACAGGGGAUGUUGAUAGACAAUAUGCUGACGGCAAAGCAAGCCCAGCGUCUUCUUCAUAUGAUUUGCUAUCCAGAAAACGAAUCGAAUCUUAUUGCCGACAUGGAUCAGAAGGCCAUUAUUGUGCGAAUUCUAGAAAACUUAGAGCAAUGGUCGCUACGAAUUUCUUGGCUAGAUUUGCAACUUAUGUUCAAACAGACUAACUGCAGUUCACCGGAAUUGUCCAACUGGUUGGAUAUGGUGGCUCGGGCGGCAAUAGAUGUCUUCCAGGUGCAUGAGUGUAACAGCAUGGAACAUUUCGGAGGCAAUGGUAAAAAUGAAAAAUUGAAGCCGUCGAUUUGGUUGGUGGCUCCGUUGGUUGCGAAGCUACCCAGUGCAGUACAAGGACGGAUCCUAAAAGUGGCCGGACAGGUUCUAGAGAGUACUAAUAUGUUCAGCAAAUCAAAGGACAGUGGAGGAGGCAACAACAGCAGCAUUGGAAGCCAAGGUGGAAAUAGCAAUAGUUCAAUUAGCUCGAAUGGCAGUGUAAUGGCGGCUAAGCAAAGUGCACAGUUGAAUCAUCAGCCGUUCUUGGGGCUGGUUCUAACCUGUUUGAAAGGACAAGAUGAACAGAAGGAGGGAUUAUUGCAGAGUCUGUACACGCAACUGUCGCAGUUUCUUCAGAAUCGUGAUUUGGAGACAGUCGGUGGGAUAGAAGACCCCCUAGGCUUUGAAAAAAUGUUGGAUGCCUUGCAGUUGCGUUAUUCUCUGGUAGGUGGAUUAUUUGAUGCAAUUCAGAAAAACUCAACUUCCACUAGCGAUUGGGCAAUUCUGUUUGCUCAACUAAUCAGCCAAGGAGUCAUUGAUCUGAGCAACAAUUCUGAAUUGUUCACAACUACGUUGGAUAUGCUCGCAACAUUAAUCCACUCGACACUAGUUUCGGACAGUCAAUCGGAGCGCGAUGAAACCAAGAAACAGUAUACCAAUUUGAUGAAGAAGCUCCGGAAAGAGUUGGGGGAGAGAAAUAACUCGUCGAUCAAAUAUGUUCGACAGUUGCUUCCGCUCGCGAAGCAGACCUGUGAGGUGAUUGCUUGUGAACCGGCUGGAAGUUCAACCGAUGCCAAGGGUAAUAAAAUUAACAUCGACAGUAUUGAGAAAAAGCAUGGUCUACGAUUGACAGACAAACAGCGAGUCAGUGUGUGGGAUUUACUAGAAGGGCACAAGAAUCCAGCCCCACUUUCAUGGGCAUGGUUCGGGGCUGUUAAAAUUGAACGCAAACCGUUAGCUUACGAAGAAACUCAUCGGUUAUUGAAAUUCCACACGCACAGUCUGGUGAAACCAAGCAGCUAUUACUAUGAACCACUCCCCCUACCACCGGAAGAUCUAGAACCAUUACCAGACAAACUUAAAGAUGAUAUGAAGGCAGAUACUCCAACGUCAGAUCAAUCGCCAGCACCGACCGGUAAGAAGGGCAAAUCUCAAACGAGAAAACGCAAGCCUAAAGGAGCUACCACGCCACAAAAUCAGCAAUCGGUACAAGGCAUACCAGGUCAACAACAUUUGGGAGGCCAACAAACUAUGCAGCCAGGUCAACAGCAACCAAAUCAGGUAACAGGCCAACAACAGCAGCAGCAGCAGGUCACAAUGACACCCCAACAAACGAUGCAACAGUUGCAGAAUGCUAACCUCGGUCAGAUGACAAUGGGAGGACAAAUGGGUCAACUAAAUUUACAGCAUAUGCAGCAACAGUAUCAACAGCAAAACCAAGGCCAAAUGAUGGUUCAGCAGAUGGCUCAACAGCAGGGAAUUGGUCAACAGCAAGCAAUGGGCCAGAAUCAGGUUGGUGGCAUUGGUGCAAUGAUGGGUGGACCACAACAGCAACAACAACCAGGUCCGAAUCAGAUGGGAUUCGUUGGUGCAGGGUCUGGCGGGGGAGUCAAUGCGAUGGCUGCUCAGAUGGCUGGCCAGGGAGCAGGUGCUGGUGGCAAUCAACAAUGGGGUGGCUAUAAUCCGAUGCAACAACAGCAGCAGCAGCAGCAACAGCAACAAAUGUUUUAUAACCAGGGAAUGGGACAGCCUGGUAUGAAUCGGUUUGAUCGUCCACAAUUGAACACCAAUCCGAAACAAGUUUUGUCCAAUAUGCUACGUGCUCGAAUUCCAAUGGGAGGGGCCAAUCCUGGUGCAGCUAAUUUUAUACAACAACCGGUUCGUUCUCAACAACCAUUCAUGCGUGGUCCUUCUCGACCAGGGAUACCUAAUCCAAUGGUAGGAUCUGGUAUGGGAGCUGGAGCAGGAGGCUCAUUGAUGGGACAAUCUGGUGGAAACAUAAUUCAGACGAAUCUGUUAAAUCAACAGAAUGCUGGAUUGGGACAAGGAAUGAAUGCUAACCUGGGAAAUGCUGGAAUGGGUGGUAAUGCAAUGAUGUCACAAGCAGCUGGAAAUGCCAACGCUGGUGGUAUGGGCAAUCCUGGUAUGAUGGGAAUGCAGAACAUGCCACAGAGUGGUAAUAUGAACCCAGGUAUGGUUAAUCAAGGUAUGAACCCGACGAUGGGUGGCACCGGUAUUGCUGGGUCGGGAAUGAUUGGUCAAAAUGGAGGCAAUGCAAACAGUGCUGCAAUGGGUAAUCCGGGAAUGAUGGGAAUGCAAAGUAUGCAACAAGGUGGAAUGCAGACCGGUAUGUUUCAAGGGCAAGGAGGACCCUAUCAGAGCAUGAAUCAAAAUUACCCGAAUUAUGGCACGCAAGGUAUGGGUCAGCAGGGUGGUCAGGGGAUGAUUGGCAAUUUCAAUCAGUUGGGACAACAACAGAGGAAUACACAGGCUGAAUAUAUAGCCCAACAGAGGGCUCUGGCUGCUCGAGGUGGCCAAUAUGGGCAGCAUGCUCCAAAUGUAACAAUGAAUAAUAUGGUCAAUCAGGGCGCUGUUCCUCCGUAUCCUAGACAAGGUGGUAAACCAGGGGCAACAGCUGCUCAGACCCAUCAAUUCCAGCAACAGCAGCGACUUCGACAACAAAUGAUGAUGCAACAGCAACAGCAGCAGCAACAAGGAAUGGCACAGCAAGGUAAUGCCCAAAGUAUGGUAUCGAAUCAAGGACAGGGUAUAAGCCAACAACAAACACCGAACUUGGUUGCUCAGUUACAAAGACAGAUGCCCAAUCAAGGCAGCAUGAUGGGCCAACAGUACUCGCAUCAGCCUCCACCGUAUUGAUAAGCUCAACAUAUUCACAUACAAUUCUAUUACUGUAUUAUUUAUUCAUUUUUAUUUAGCAUGUCUCUACAUUGUAUAGCAAAUUUAGAGCUUCAAGUGUAUCAUGUCAGCCUCUAACAAAGUUUAGCAAAUCAUCCGAAAA